AUGCGGACGUACGACGACACUUUCUCCGGCCAGAGGAUCUACCCCGGCAAGGGUAAGCUCUAUGUCCGUGGCGACAGCAAGAUCUUCCGCUUCCAGAACGGAAAGUCCGAGUCCCUUUUCCUGCAGCGCAAGAACCCCCGCCGCAUCGCAUGGACCGUUCUGUACCGCCGGGCGCACCGCAAGGGUAUCUCUGAGGAGGUUGCCAAGAAGCGUACCCGCAGGACCGUUAAGUCGCAGCGUGCCAUCGUUGGUGCUUCGCUCGAUGUGAUCAAGGAGCGCAGGACGAUGCGGCCUGAGGCCCGCAGCGCCGCCAGGGCUGCUGCCAUCAAGGAGAGCAAGGCAAAGAAGGCUGAGGCUGAGAAGGCCAAGAAGGCCGAGAAGGCAAAGGUUGCUGGCGGCAAGGGCCAGACCGGUCGUCUGACGAGCAAGCAGGGCGCCAAGGGUGCGCAGCAGAAGGUUGCCGCCAACACUCGUUAA